GUUCGUGUGAAGAUCAAUAGUGAAUUUGGUUCUUACAUUGAAAAUCGUAUGGGGAGUGCUGGAUCAAAUCCCUAUUUAGUUUUAGAGGCCACAGUUGCCGCCGGGAUAGAUGGAAUCAAGAAGAAGCUUCCCCUUCCAGCUAACGUCACUGGAUCCGCGUACCUUUUGCAAGAUGUUCCUGAGAAAACACCAACAAUACCAACAUCCAUGCAAGAUGCCGUCGAAGAAUUUCUGCAGGACGAGGUCAUCAGGGAUGCAUUUAGUGAAGACUUUGUGAAAUGCUUCGUUGCCAUAAAGUCUCAUGAAAUGCAAAAAGCAAGAGAAGCAGAAGAAAAUGGUGAUUCUAUGUGGGACUGGAAUAUGUAUUUUAAAUACAUUUAAAAAAACAUUAACUUCAUUUUUUCUUCGAAAUAUAUAGAGUAAAUCUACUGGUUCUGAAGUAAAUUCCAAAUUUUAAUCAGACCCCUUUCUUCUUUUAGAUACCGUCUGUUUAGAUAUUGUCUGUAUAACAAUUAGCAUAUAUAUUAUUAUCAUAAUAUUAUUAUAAUAAAAUCCAAUAUACAAAGAUUUUUGAUAAACAUUUAAAUUAUAACUAAUAGUAUUAAUAGAACAAAAGUCAUUAAGGUUCAAAAUGGAAGGUUUCCCCAGAAACUAUAAAGCUUAUACAAAAUUAAAAAAUGAACCACAUUUCGAUUAUAAAAUUAAAAUUAAUGAGCGGUAAGCAGUAAAUAAACAAAUUGUACCGGUAUACAAACCAAUAAAACAACAAGAGGCCAUAUACUGCAAAACAAAUUAAAAUCAAAUUAAAACGAAACAAUAGAGAAAAUCCGAUCAUAUUGACAAAAUAUACUAAUAAUAAUAAUAAUAAUAUGUCGCUC